AUGCGGCGGGCUCGGAAGCAAGUCAAUACCGCGAGCGGACGGGACGGCCGGCGCGACGUGCGGCAGCGCCACGGCACUGCGUCGCUUCCCAGCGGAAGGCAGCAGGCGCUGCGGAUGGCGACCGUGGCAGGACGCGAGGGACACGACGUCUUCAUGUGUGGUGGUGACCCGUGCGGCCAGCAGGCGGCAGCACAGGCUCAGCAGUAUGGCGGGCUGUUUGUGGGGGAGGUGCCCGCCCACCACCACCCACACCACCACCAGCACCAACACUGGCUGGCACAGCACCACCCCGGUGUGCUGGCGGCGGUGCCCCAGCAGACGCACGCGGUGCCGCCGCCCCCGCAGCAGCUGAGCCCGGACAGCACGUCGCCGGGCACGCAGGGCCACGGGCAGGCGCACAGCUCGCCACCCCCGCCGCCCCACGACGCCGCCCCCGACUCGCAGCUGCAGCGCGCCCCGCCGGAUGUUCACGAGGACGGCGACAGCCGUGACUCGGAGCGGCUGCACCACCACCAACCUGGCGCCCACCCAGGUGAGGACCAGGGCGCGCAGGCCGGCGGCGAGGGCGCGGCCGGCGGCCAGCCGGCGCAGCAGCCGCAGCAAAAGAAGCGCAAGCGGCGGGUGCUGUUCAGCAAGGCGCAGACGUACGAGCUGGAGCGCCGCUUCCGCCAGCAGCGCUACCUGUCGGCGCCCGAGCGGGAGCACCUCGCCUCCAUCAUCCGCCUGACGCCCACGCAGGUCAAGAUCUGGUUCCAGAACCACCGCUACAAGACCAAGCGCGCCCAGCAGGAGAAGGGCCAGCAAGGUGUUCCGGGGGCGGGCGUGGGCGGCGCGGGGGCGGUCCCGUCGCCACGGCGGGUGGCGGUGCCGGUGCUGGUGCGCGACGGCAAGCCCUGCGUG